AUGAAUAAAUUGAUAGUGGGAAACAAGUAUGCCUUGACCGACAAGCUCAGAGAAAGUACUUCCGGAAAGUCGAAAAUAUGUGAAGCUUUGCGGCUUAAUGCCGUAGGACAGCCGAUCGGUAAACCCGUGACAAUGAAGAUUUCGUCCAAUUCGGAAGCACUUGAAAGAGAAAACGACAACUACAUUAAACUAGACGAUACGGAAGGACUUUUUGUUAGAAUUUUGGAUUUUUUGCCACGUGCCGAAACAAACGGACAGCAUUUUCAAGACAAGAGCGCUUUAGUGAUGGAAAGCGGUUCGGAAGAUUUGCGUAGCUUUUUGAAAACGCACGGACCACUCGAUGGUGACGAGCUCCGUGAGACUGUUCGAAUGGCCGCUAGAUGUGUGGGUGCUGUACAUGAGAAGAAGAUGGUGUGGACGGAAGCAAAGGCUGAAAAUUUUGUUGUAAAGAACGAUGGCCGCACGAUUAAAGGCAUUGACUUGGAAUCUGCCGUUCGGCAUCGAGACAACCCCAUUGACUUUUCGGCCGAAGCCUGCCCACCGGAAUUCGCUCUUGCUUUUUUGUGUGGCCGAGAGCCUUUCGUCGAAAUGGAGUACCAUUUUGAUGUUUGGUCUUUGGGAAUGGUGCUGUAUGAGAUAGCGACUGGUCAGCACUAUUUUGGUUGUGAAGACAAUAUGGCGGUCAUUGCAGCCCAGUUACGAAAUACAAAACAGAUUGAUCUGUCCCAGCAGCCAAUUAACAAUGAUCUCAAAGAUCUGAUUGCUUGGUGUCUGCAAAUUGAUCCUGUAGAACGACCAACAUUAGAACAGAUAUUGCAACAUAAAUUUCUAGAGAGGAAAAAAUAA